AUGUCUCUCCUCCGCCUUCGCUCCGCCCUCUCUUUCUCCUCUACGAUCUACCAGCCCCACCGCCAAGUCUCGUCUCUCUCUCGCUCUACUCCUAUCUCAGCAGCUGACGUCCCUUUCCCUCUACCUAAGGAUCCGUCGUCACCACCCCUGACGCCACCAACGAAGGCUAAAAUGGAAUGCUGCGCCACCGAUCUAAACACCAGAGUUAAGCUCAUGAUCAAGAUGUUAAAUCUCGACUACGCGGCGGAGCUCUCGCGAUACGCCGUCUUCACUAAACACCGCCAAAACGUCACCGCCGAGAUCUGCGAGGCCAUAAUCGGCGCAAUGUGCAAAGCCAAGCGCUACAAGGACGCAUUGCACCACUUCCAUUACUUCUUCAACGAGUUCAACCUCAAACCAAACAUCUCUUGCUGCAAUCACAUCAUCGGUGCCCUCUGUGAUCAAAAUCGACUCGAAGACGCAUUUGCUCUCUACGGUCACAUCUUGGAAAACGCUCCUUUCCUCCGUCCAAACGAGGACACUCACCAGCACUUGGCCAAAGGGUUGGUCGAUGCAGACAAACUUCAAAGCGCUCUGCAUUUCGUUAAGAGAUUGAUGAAGAAGGAAGAGGAGGUGGGUUCCUCUGUGCUUAACCAUUUGAUUCGCGGCCACUUGAAAGACGGGGACUUCACCUCUGCCAAGAGAAUCUUCGAUGUACUAAAGCGGAAACUUGUCUCCCCGAUAGAUGCUCACGUUUUCGACUUGGUUUAUUCUUUCCUUGGUGGAGACUACAACGACAUUGCGAUCGUGAAGGCCACGUUCAUGGAGUUUUGGUUUGAGCAAGGAGAUGAUAAGGAAGCUAUGGAGUGUUACAGGACCCUCGCGCCCAAAGAUUUCAGAAUGAAUGCAAGAACAGGAAAUACCCUUUUGCAACUUUUCCUCAAGUACGGCAAGAAAACCGAAGCUUGGACAUUGUUCAACCAAAUGCUGGAGAGACGCUAUGCGCAGCCAUCGGGGUUCGACUCCGAGACUUGUAAUAUAAUGGUGAACGAGUGUUUCAAGUUGGGAGAGGUUAGUGAAGCAAUCAAGACCUUUGAAAAGGUUAAGAAUGAUGAGGAUGAUGAGUCACUAUUAUGUUACGCCAACAUACUCGCAAGGUUCUGUGAGCAAAGCAUGUUGCCAGAAGCAGAGACUUACUUUGCCGAGAUGUCCUCUAGGCAAUACCUUAUCCCUAACAUUCCUUCGUAUCGAACGAUGAUCGAUGCUUACUGUAAGGCUACAAGAUUUGACGAUGCCUUCCGAGUGUUGGACCGAGCAGUGGAGGCUAAUCUAAAGUGCGUUGCCACUUUCUCUUGCCUUUGA